AUGUCGUCAAUAUCCACGAACUGGGACGCAAAACGUGCAUUCGUACCUGCGGGUGUGUACGGGAACGUCCAGGACGUUCGACAGCGCAAAUUUCCUUCCUCGCCCUUCGCCCCCAACGUCCACCACCCUCGACGCUCAUCUUCCUCGCCGUACUUCUCAGCCAUGAGGCGCACUCGCAACAGCGCCGGUAACGCCGCCCAGCCAGCCCAACAGGCUGCACCCAAGAAGUUCAAAGCCGCCGCCACGGGCCAGCCCAACGGCGCUGGCGUCGCUAAGUCCCCGGCGUCGUCCUCCCACAAGCGCGCGGUGUCCGGUGCCAACGAAGAUGACCAGCCCGCUAAAAAGAAGAAGCAGUCGGCCCCGGUCGAGGACAGUAGCGACGAGGAGGAGGCUGUCCCCGCUCCCGCGAAGGUUACGCGUCCCGCCCGCAUCACGGCCGACAGCACCGACGAGGACGACGAGGAGCCUAUGCCUGACGCCAAGGACGAGGAGGACGAGGACGUGCCCGUCGAAGAGAACGAGUUCGAGCUCGACGCCCCCGAGGAGGCCGCCGCGGAGGCGAACGUCAACGCCACCCAGGCGAAGAAGCCCGCCGGCAGGUCCAUGAACGCCGACACGAUCGAUCGUCUUCUCAACGCGGCGAGGACCAAGCCCUUGGGUACCUCGCUGGUCCUCAGGGCAGGCGGCAAGGCGCCGCCUCCUCGCCUCAAAGUCCCCCCUAUGACUCCGCGCGAGGCGAGGGCCUACAGGGCGAAGCACCCGUUCUCGUCCGACGAGGAGGAUGGCGCCGAUAACAACGCGCCGAAGGCCGCUGCGCUCGAGGACAAGUCAGCAUCCGCGCCCGCCGCAUCCAAGGGAAAGGGGCGCGAGAUCAUCCAGCCCGAGGAAGAGUCCGAUGACGCCGUUGUGCAGGAGAGCGAGGACGAGGAAGACGCGCCUCCACCUGUACAGAAGGCUAAGCGUGUGCUUCCAGAGUCCUGGAUGAAGCCGCCCCAGACGACAUCGGGCUCGACGUCGAGCGCCAAGCAGGCCUCCAGCACCCCGCUCAAGACCACGGCCACCUCGGGCGCCGCCCUCAAGAGCACGGCUACCUCGGGCACCGCCUCGGGCACUGUCAAGAAGUCCCCGGCGGUUUCCAAGAGCACCCCGGCCCUCAAGAAGACUCGGGUCCAGGACAAGACCAAGAUCAUCGCGCCGAAGGCAAGUGGUUACAGCGCGGUGCCGCUGAAGACGCCGAAGCGCAAGAAGCCCGUGGUCAUCGAGAUUCAGGAUUCCGACCCGGCUGCUGAGCAAGACGGUGGUGACGACGACGACGACGACGACGAUGACGUCGAGGUGGUAUCUGACUCCGAAGUCGGCAUGAUGCUCACCAAGAAAGAGGAGCAGUACCAGCAGCUCAUCGAAAAGGAAGAAGCCUGGGAGCGCGAUCUCCGCGUCACAUACAACCCAUGGACUCUCAGGUCCGCGAACCUUGCGGAACAAUCGUCGAAGACCGUCAAGGACGUACUCAGCGACGCCUCCGCCGAGGAUCUCAUCCGCGCGAUGUUCCUUGCCAAGAAUGGCCCUUUCCCUGAGGUAAUCGGCGGCGUGGACAUGUUCCUCGAGGACAUAGCGCGGGUUGCGAUUCAGUCCGUCAUUGACCAGCGCGGCAAUGCCCUGGAGCGUUUUGGACUGCGCUUCGGGGUGGACGACGCCUUCAGGGCGGUCCUCUGCUACUUCGUCGGCCAACGGCGCGCGUCGAAGCGUCUCGCGCUGAUCACGCUCGUACGCGAGUGUAUGAUGGAGUGGUACCCCCUCAUCAAGGAGUACGCGAGCUCGACGGACCCCUUGGACAAGACGCGCCUCCAGAACGCCGUCACGGUGCUGACCGCGAACAACGACUUCGUCUACCCCGGCGAACUUGUCGUACGUCACAUUAGCGUCACCUCGAGCUUCGACGUCACUGAUGCCAUGGCACUGCAGCGCGUUGCGCCCAACAACGUCGAGGACGUGCGCAUGAAGUACAAGGUCUCGGCAAAGGACCGCAAGAUCGCCCCCUUCCUCUCACACCCCAUCAUCGAGACCGUUGCGAAGCUCGCUUUCGGCAAGCAUAAGCACGGCAUCACGCUCGCGCCCAGCGACUUCCCGGACGCUUUUUAUAUUUCCGCCCGCCAGAAGGGCGGCAAAGAGGUGCCGCGUUCUCUGGCAGCAUUCGCCGCGACUGUGGUCGAGGUGGCAAUCCGGGACUGGCUCCUCGGCGAAAAGCAGCCGAUCAUAUUGAAGGAGGAUACGCUAAGGCGAUACUGCACUCAUCACUUGGCGUCGCUGACCGAGACGGAUGAAGUACGCAAGAAGAAGAUGUCGCUGGCCAUGCAGUGCUUGUACGACGCCGCCAAGGCUUGGCAGGAGCCGAGUGCGGAACCGAAGGAGACGAAGCGGACCCAGAUCGACGACGAUAUCGGGCUGGAUGAGAUGGAAGAGGGCCUCAACGAGUUUCUCGCCAACACGCGCCGUGACGAGGAGGCGGCGUGA